GAGGAGCUAAGGAGGGCGGAGUUGAUGCAGCAUGGGAGGGCGCAUUCGGUGGAGGAGGGAGAGAGGCAGCAGGCGAUGCAACAGGCUUACCGGCAAGAGCGACUGCAGCGACACCAGCAGUGGCAGCAGCAGCAGGAUGCGCAGCAGCAACAGAUGCAGCAGCUGCAGCAGCAACAGAUGCAGCAGCCGCAGCAGAAACAGAUGCAGCAGCCGCAGCAGCAGCAACCACAGCACCAAUUGCAGCAGCAGCAGCAACAGCAACCACUGCCGCAAUGGCAGCAGCAACAGCAGCAACAGCAGGAGCAGCGGCAGCGACCUCAACCAGAACGGCAGUGGAAGCAGCAGCAAUGGCAGGGUACUAGUAUAGCAGGGACAGGGAUGGGGACGGGGACGGGGGUGGGAACAGGGGCGGCGGCAGGGGCAGGGAUAGGGGCAGGGAUGACAGGAGAAGGGGCAGAAGGAGUGGCAGGAGGAGUGGUCGCAGCCGGUGGUGCUGCUGCAGGGCCGGUGAUCUCCCUUGCCCACCCCGAGGACUUCCUGGGGGAACCUGAAGAAACACCUGAAGAGGCCCUGGAGAGCGCUGAGCGGAAAGCCAAGGCUGCCGCUGCUGCUGCUGCUGCAGAGAAAGGAGGGGAGGGGGGAGGGGGGGGAGAGGGGGAAGAAGGGGGAGCAGGAGGGGCGGGUGGGGGGAGUGGCGGGGAGGGGGCAGGAGAGGAGAUGAUGGGGGGAGGGGGUAUGGGGGAAGGGGAGGACGAGGAGGAUAGGAUGCUGCUGCGAGGGGAGUUUCUCAAGGCCAGGAAGGAGAGCGAGCCUCAGCCACACAGAGGGGUGCCUGCUGCUGCUGCUGCUGCUGGUGCUACUGCUGGUGCUGCUGGUGGUGGCGCUGCUGGUGCUGCUGGUGCUGGUGGUGGUGGUGGUGCUAAUGGUGCUACUGGCGCUGGCCGUCUUGCUACUGGUGGUGGUGUUGGUGGUGGUGUUGGUGUUGACACCGGGGCAGCAUCUGGGCUUACCACUGCCGUUGGAGCUGGCUCUGGAUUCAGUACCACGAGAGCAAGUGGGGUGUAUGGUGGUGCGGGAGGAGGCACCUACGGCAAGGGUCCUGAGGAGGUUGUAUCUGGUGGAGGUGGGAUCAUAGCAGCUGUUUCAGGGACAGGGACAGGGACAGGAGUAGAAGAAGCAGUAGAACGAGCAGGAGCAGCAGCAGGUGUGGGAGCGGCAGUGGGGACAGGAGCAGCAGGUGUGUCAGAGGGAGGGUUGCAGGCAGCAGCAGUGCAGGGGGAGGGGGAGGGGGAGGUGGAGGUGCCAGUCGUUGUGAUUGUACUGAAGCCUCGGGUGGGCAAGUGUGCGCCAGGCACCGCUCUGCACCGUGUGCUGCAGCAAGCCCGCCAGCGCAACAGCCGGGUGCACCUGGUGGGCCCUCGGGAGUGCGCGCCAGCAGCAUCCGCCAUGGGGGUGGCUUUCUCCCGCUACUCCCUCUACAAGGAUACCAUCUCUGCCUUCCGCUCCGCCUUUGGUGCUCCCCGCACCGAUUUGGUGCGCUGGUUUGUCCUGCAUGCCUUCAUGCAUCGCAACGACCUCUCCCACGCCCUCCACCUCUCUCCAGACGUCCUUCUCUUUGCCAACGCCACCGAAGCUGUCAACCAGUUGUACCUCCCCCACGAGCGCCACAUCCUCCUCCCCCUGCCCUUCCCCGGCACGCGCCACCCCCGUCGCGCCACGCUGCCCCCGCAUACCCCGGUUGAGGGGCACACGGCGGGGUGGUCCAGGGAGGGCCUGGCGGACUUCCUGAGAUUCGUGCGCGCGUUUGUGGAGCGCGGAGUGCUGGAGGGAGGGGAGGGCACGCGAACAGAGAGAAUGAAGAACCCGGACUACUCGGAUGCCACCAUGCUGGGAUGGUACGCGCGCCAGGCAUGCUGGCAUGCCCCUGAGAGCCCUGAGGCGUCCCCUGCAUGUGCGGCGGAGCCAUGCUGUGGCAUCACUCGGGAGAGAGCUGCAAGACUGGCCGGCCAAUUCACACCAAGGUUCAAUGUAUCAAGCUUGCUUCAGCCUCGUCGAUGCCGAGCCACGCCAUGGUCGGACGAUGGAUGGUGUGUUUUCUCGGUCUAUCCCUUCUCUCCUUCCGCAAGUGACACAUCGGCAUCUGGAGGGCCCUUCCAGCCAGCUCAGCGCCUCUCAUUCCAUUCCAAACUAGGCAUGAAGACUCCGCGCUCAGCUAAGUAUCGCUACUUCGCGCUUUGGAAGCCACGGGGGGGAGAGGGAGAGGUGGUGAAAAGCCCAGGGCCGAACGGGGUGCAGUUUUUGUCAGUGCGUUUUGCUGGUGAAGCUGCAAGUCAAAUAAGCGCAGACCCGGAAACGACGUGGGGAGCUGCUGAUUGGUCCAAUGCGAAGCUGCUCGGACUUUCACAAUUAGGAGCUGAAGCGGUGGAAAGGAUGAGGUAUAAAUAUUUGUGAGGUGUUACCAACUACACAUUUCCUGUCUCUGAAGCUCUGCCCUGUGGUGAACGCAGUCAAGUAAUCGAGCCGGAGGGCAUCGCGUACGUGUCUCUCAGGCUCAACAGCUCUGGUCAAGCCCCGCGCCACGUCAGCGGCAAGAGAGUAUAAAUUCCCCGCAUAUCUCGGCUACAAAAUGCACAGCGUGGCGGCAUUAGCCGCCAAUACAGCACGCGCUGGCCAAACACCAACGUAGACCUGUCUACUUUCCACGUCGGCAGGACAAAAGCGUCCAACACGAUCGACGCCACCCCAGUCCAGCCAGAGUAGCUUGACACUGCCUGCAAGAGAAUGGACGGUCAGGAGCCUUCGCGAGUGUUGACCCUACUUUUAUUGUCGUAUUGUCUCCAGACGAACAGUUUGCGAUCGACCUGAUUCGCAAGAUUCAUUGUGC